UUUUCCAUUCCAUUUCACCUACUUUGUUUUUGCGUUGCAAACAACGGCGCGGACAAGCCUCUCCAGUUCUUUUCUCCCUUUGGACGAAACGUCUAUUUUGAUAUUUGUGUAUAAACUGAGAGAGAAACCCCCCAAAAAGUUCACAUACUGCAAAGAACAACAAGAAUUGUUCUAUUUAUUUAAAUCUCAGUGAAAUACUUGCACAAAGAUUUCUUAUUUGUACAUGGAUUUUUUGCUUUGAACAAGGGGUGCGGAGUUCUUGAAAUUCUCUUUCUUGGCUAAUUUUUUCUUUGAGAUUCUUUUUUCUGGGUGGUUUUUUUGGGUUUUGGUUUGAUUGAACUGUGGUUUAGAUUUUCGCAUUGGUCGGUGAUGUCAAUGCAGUUUUGGAUAAAGAGAUGAUGAUGUUGCAGAAAAAUGUAUAUGGUUGUGUAUUUCUGUACAAUAAAACGUCUGCAUGCAAUGCAAAGAUAAGAUCUGAAGAUUGAAUUUCCAGUAUUUCAUCAGGAAAUGAAUGCCAGAAUAUUCUGUUGUGAGGCUUUGAUACGAUUGGUCAGUUCUACUUGGAUAUAUUGAUCUGCAUUGGGGGGCUAAAUAAAAUAAUACUCUAUCCGAAAUAAAUGGAUUGAGGAAUCAGUGCAUUGGAUGCAAUGUCAAAGACAUUAGCAGUUGGGCUGUUGAUUUUAUUGUACUCAAUUUCAAUAUCAUCAGCUGAAAAUGGAUUCCCUCGAUGUAAUUGUGAUGAUGAGGGAUUUUGGAGCAUCGAUAGCAUUCUCGAGUGCCAAAAAGUGAGCGAUUUCUUAAUUGCAGUGGCCUACUUUUCAAUCCCGAUUGAGCUACUUUACUUUGUAAGCUGUUCGAAUGUUCCAUUCAAAUGGGUGCUCUUUCAAUUCAUUUCCUUCAUUGUUCUAUGUGGUAUGACUCAUUUGCUGAAUGGCUGGACUUAUGGGCCUCACCCAUUUCAGCUAAUGCUUGCUCUCACUAUUUUCAAAUUCCUCACUGCUCUUGUUUCAUUCGCCACUGCUAUUACUCUCAUCACCCUCAUUCCUUUGCUGCUCAAAGUCAAAGUGAGGGAAUUUAUGUUGAAGAAAAAGACUUGGGAUCUUGGUCGAGAGGUUGGAAUUAUAAAGAAGCAGGAAGAAGCCGGCUGGCAUGUCCGGAUGUUGACUCAAGAAAUCCGCAAGUCACUUGAUCGGCAUACAAUAUUGUAUACAACUUUGGUUGAACUAUCAAAGACAUUGGAUUUACAUAAUUGUGCUGUCUGGAUGCCCAAUGAGGGUAAAACCGAAAUGAACCUGACUCAUGAAUUGAAAGAAAGGAACUUCUCAACUCUUUAUAACGAACCUAUCCCAAUCAACAACCCUGAUGUACAAGAGAUUAAAAUUAGUGAUGGAGUAAAGUUACUUGACCCCGAGUCGGUCCUUGCUGUUGCAAGCAGUGGUGGAACUGCUGAACCAGGAGCUGUGGCUGCAAUUAGGAUGCCAAUGCUGAGGGUUUCCAAUUUCAAAGGUGGGACUCCUGAAAUUGUUCAGGCCUGUUACGCCAUUCUUGUUUUGGUUCUUCCUGAUGGACAGGGUAGAACUUGGAGCAACCAGGAACUUGAGAUAGUAAAGGUAGUUGCUGAUCAGGUUGCUGUGGCUCUUUCACAUGCUGCUGUGCUUGAAGAAUCUCAGCUUAUGAGAGAGAAAUUAGUGGAACAAAAUCGAGCACUGCAACAAGCAAAACAAGAUGCAUUGAUGGCGAGUCAAGCACGGAAUUCAUUUCAAAUGGUAAUGAGUAACGGAUUGAGAAGGCCCAUGCACUCCAUUCUAGGUCUGUUAUCUAUUCUGCAGGACGUGAAGAAUUUAAGUGAUGAACAGCUGCUUCUAGUCGAUGCUAUGGUUAAGACAAGCAAUGUCGUGACAACCUUAAUAAAUGAUGUAAUGGAUACUUCGACAAAGGAUAAUCAAAGGUUCCCUUUAGAGAUGAGAUCUUUUCAGCUACAUUCUAUGGUAAAACAAGCUGCUUGCCUUGCUAAGUGCCUUUGCGUUUAUCGGGGUUGUAAUUUUGUCAUUGAGGUUGAUAAAUCCUUGCCCAACCAUGUCAUGGGUGAUGAGAGAAGAGUAUUUCAGGUUAUUUUGCAUAUGGUUGGAAAUCUUUUGAAUGGAAGCAAAGAAGGGGGCUGUCUUACAUUACGAGUGUAUUUAGUCACUCGAAGUCAGGCACGGAAUGAUCAGAGAUGGGGCCACCGGGGAUCAAACUCAUCUGAUGGAUAUGCUUAUAUCAAACUUGAAGUUGGGAUUUGCCAUACUGGUUCUCCUGCUGAGAGUUCACUUACUGCAAAUCUAUAUGGUAGUCAGAGGUACUCUGGUGGAGUUGAGGAAGGCUUGAGCUUCAGUGUGUGCAGAAAACUAGUUCAGUUAAUGCAAGGAGACAUAUGGGUGAUACCAAAUCCAGAGGGUUUUGAUCAAAGCAUAGCACUUGUUUUACGGUUCCAAACCCGGCCAUCCAUAUUAACCAACAGUUCAGAACAUGGGGGACCUUCAGAACAUCUGCAUUCAGACUCUCUUUUAAGUGGCCUCAAAGUUCUAUUAGUUGAUGGUGAUAAUGUGAACAGAGCUGUGACGCGGAAGUUGCUUGAGAAGCUAGGGUGUGUUGUCUCUGCCGUGUCAUCUGGAUACGGAUGCCUUAGCACUCUUGGUCCUGUGGUAAAUAAGUAUCAAAUUGUUCUUUUGGACCUUCACAUGCCUGACUUGGAUGGCUUUGAAGUAACCAUGAGAAUUCGGAAGUUUCGUAGCCGCAGCUGGCCAUUGAUCAUUGCCUUGACUGCAAGUGAUGAUGAAGAUAUGCGAGAAAGAUGCAUGCAAAUAGGAAUGAAUGGUGUUAUUCAAAAACCAGGUUCCUUACAGGGUAUUGCCGGUGAGAUUAAAAGAGUCCUUCUGCAGGCAAAUAAAAUUUUGUCAUGAUGAUAGUAUUGCUAUACUGUGGAGAACUAUGGUGUCAGUUUGAUUGAGAACAUAAAUGUCAAAUUUUUAGAAUUAACUAAGAGAAUUACUUUUCUAUAUAUAUGAUCUCCACCAAGUAUUCAGCAGAGAGAUGUUACAUUAACAACAGUAAUAGUCAAAAUGGUAAUAGAAAAGAUUCAUUCUCUCUUUCAUUGCCUUUAUGCACAUACUUAGGAGCCAUUUCCUUUUUGUCGUGAAAAGUCCAUGUGACAAGCAACAAGUUAUGUAAAAAGUACAAAUACUCUAUAGCUUUUCUUUUUCUUUUCUGUAACUGUUUUUGGUUCGACAGCAAUAUACAUAAAAUAGGAAGUCGAUUUUUCAA